UCAUUUCGAAAAAGCAAAAAAAAGAGACGAAGGUUCAGAUAUUUUUUAUUACAGAAAACUCAACGGAUCACUGGUUUGGAAUUAAAUGUGGCCGUUGUGACUCCCCUUUUUCUCCACUCCAUGCAGUUUCUCAGAGAUUUGAGGACACAGCCAUCCAUCGUAACCACACAAUAUGAAGUUUUUCUUGUGAAGGUGUUCUGUCAUCAGCAACAAUUUCAGGAUCAACGCUUCCAGGAUAAAAAACAUCCCAUUGCAUUGAAAUUUGGAAUGCAAUCGAAUGCAUUUUCAAUCGAGUUACGGAUCUCUCUAUUCCCCCUUUCUUCAAAUCCUCGUGUACGCCCAUGUGAAUGUGGGUUUACUCUUCAUCGGAUGGAUGGAGCAACUGUAGAUGCCUGGCUGUAUUUCCCAGGCACAAAGGCGUUAAUGUAACGGUGGAGAAUUCACGAUGGGGGAAUCUUCAUGAUGCAUUAGUGUUCAAGAAAAAUCCCCUUCAACUUUUUUAUAAGCCUCUCUUGCUGCUGUUGUAUCUAGCUACUUCAGGGGUCUGCCUGCCGCUGCUGUUGCUGGAAGAAGAAGAAGAAACGAAAAAAGAAAAGCAGUCAACAGAUUUUGGCCCAUGUUAUCUGUUGCUUUCCACUUGAGCUUUUGUUUCAUUUCUUAAUAAUAACGUUUCCUUAUGGAUGGCUGCUGCUGCUUCUCUCCGCUCUGCUUAUUUUUCACAUAGCCAGGGCCCUAUAAUCACUUUUCCUACAAAUAGAGUUUUGUUUAUUUGAUAAACAUACCUGCAUCUCUCUCUUUCUCUCUCUCUGGCGUGCUCUUUGAUCCACUUCCU